AUGGCUUCUGUUCCUCUGCCCAAAAAAACCAACAAUAAUAAUAGCACGGACCCACAGAGACCUCCUGUGUGGUCAAUUACCAGUACUGCGUCCUCUGCGGGUCCACCGCCUCUCGCUCUCAAGUGUGCUCGACACCAGAACAGCCGACGAGGUGUAUGCUGCAAGGAACUCAAGACGGAGCAGCGAAAACUGAUUGAUUCUGAUGUUAUGCGUGAUAUCGUUAUAGGUCUCUCUGAUGGUCUCACGGUCCCGUUUGCUCUUUCUGGCAACUCGCGCGUUGUUGUGCUAGGAGGUGUGGCAGAAUUGAUUGCAGGAGGCAUUUCGAUGGGAAUCGGCGCAUUCCUCGCUACCCAAGCAGAACGGGACUCGUACAUAUUCCUAGAACAGCAAACUGCCCACCGCGUCUCUCAAUCCUGUGCAGGCGAACUUGAGCGCGAAGUGGACGAAAUUCUGGGUCCUCUUGGUGUACCCACCGAACUCUCGCGUCAAGUGGCCAACACGCUUCAUAGAGAAGAAGCAAAUGCGUUGCUCGCCGAGGGAGCGGCCGCACCAGCGAAUGGGGACACAGUGGAGAAUGGCUAUGCCGUGCCCGCUCCUGGAGAAGAGAGGCUCAAGUUCUCGUCAACAGUUGGCUUGACGCCGUUUUUGUUGCGGUUUGGAAUGGGCGUCGAGCCUGUUCCGACGAGCCGCAUGUACUCGUCGGCAGCAACCAUUGGUGUGGGCUACCUCAUCGGCGGUAUUAUCCCUCUCCUUCCUUAUUUCUUCAUCCCCGUCGUCAACCGCGCGCUGUUUGCAUCGUGCAUCCUGACUUUUGUUGUCCUCAUUCUAUUUGGAGUGUUGAAGGCGCAUAUCACUGGUGCCGGAACGGGCUGGAGAGGCUAUCUAUGGGGUGCUGUUAGCACUGCCAUGGUGGGGGGUAUGGCAGCUGGAGCUGCAUUCGGGCUUGUACGUCUACUCGAGGGGCAUGAUUAA